AUGACCUUCCAAAUACAGUUUAGCAGCGGCUUAGAAUUGGGGAAUUUUGUGGUGAACUCUGAUCUGGUACACCAGGCAUGGUGUGCGAUUGAGCAACAAAGACAGAUUAAUCCAAAUGCAGAGCCAUCCUUGUACAAUAAAAUCCAACCAGAAAAUCCAAUCGUCAUAGCUUUUGGCACUCCACUUGGCUCUCUUCAGGGACAAGAAGGCUUGGUUUCAUCAAGAGAUUUUACUCACUUUGAAUUUUUGUGCAACAAAAGCAAUCCAGUUUUCUGCAUCAAUGAAGCAGCAAUCAAACUAUUUCAGUCGCAUUAUAGUGACCUCCUCGUUCUGAAAAAUAAGCUGGUAAGCAAUUGCAAGAGCAAAUCCCCUUCAUUAAUAAUCAUCACCGGACAAUCUGUGGGAGGUAUUGUGGCUACACUCUUCACCUUAUGGUUGCUAGAAGACCUCGACUUGUCAAAAAGCAAACGCCCCCUUUGCAUUACUUUCGGUUCUCCCCUUGUUGGUGAUGAACACCUUCAAAAAUGUGUGCUAAAAUUCUCAACUUGGAAGUCUUGCUUCUUGCAUAUAUUCUCCGAUCAAGAUCAUACACCGAAAAUCUUUAUGUCCCAAAACACAACUGGUGCUUAUAAGCCGUUUGGAACAUUCUUAUUAUGCUCGGCUUCGGGUUGUGCUUGCUCUGAGAACCCGGAGUUCAUUUUGGAACAAUUUGUGACAACCAAUUCACACAGUGCUCAAACUCAAGAUCCUAAUUUGGGGUUCCCUUAUGGACAAAUUUUGGAGGAUCUCAAGCGCAAGGCAUUAUGUAAUGUUUUCGAGUCCAUUGGAGGGGAAAGAGAUCCACUUCAAACUAGCAUAAUCACACAACUCCUAGCAAUUGGAGUAGUCCCACAGUCACAGAAACAAAUUAGUGCAGAGAACAACCAUCUGAUUGAAAUGAUGAAAGAACAUGAAACGAGAAUAGCAAUUGAGAUGAAGAAAUUUUUGAUCUUCGACAUGAAAUUGAAUGAAAUGAAAGUGCACAUGGCCUUCUUAGAGCGGUACAAGAAGGAAGGCAGACGCAGGAAAACAGGAUACUACGACACGUACAAAAAUCAGUGGGACCAGACUGACAAGAAAAAUGAAGAGCAUAAGAAGACGCUUUUGAAUUACUGGGAGAACUCUGUCAGUGAAGUAGAGAACAUGCCUCCAAUAGAAAGAGCUCAGUUUCGGAUUCGUUGGCUUUUUGCGGGCACAACCUACAGAAGGAUGGUUGAACCACUUCACAUUGCAGAAUACUACAAGGACGGCGGGCAAAACUACCAAACUGAAGAGGGAAAAAGGCCUAAACAUUUCAUUCUGUUGGAGCAAUGGGUGAAGACAGUACAGGGACCUAAAGAUAUCCCGAGCAGAAGACGGACCGUAGAUUCUAUUUUGAAUAAGGAUUCUUGUUUUUGGGCACAUGUUGAGGAAGCUCUCAUCUCGUGCAAUACGCUGAAGGAUGAAGAAUCAAGUAGUAUAGAGAGAGAAUCUUCGCUGCAAAAAUUGAAAGAAUUUGAGGGAUAUGUGCUGGAUUCCCUCAAGAAUUGUGCAGUAAACCCUGAGAUUUUCUUGGAGCGGAGCAGUUUCAUGCAAUGGUGGAAUAAAUAUCAGGUAAUUAUGGGAAGUUACUAUUCCUCAUCACUCACGAAACUCAUGAAGAAUGGCACUUACCUCCAGUAUAGCGAAGGAAAACUGAAUUUGUAA